AUGCAAAACAUCAACGACUCCGUGGAGGCUCGUGAGCUUGACUUCAUCAGCCUCUACAUGCUUGUGGCCGAAGAGCCAACGACUGUGGAUCAAGCCCUCAAGCAACGCUUAUAUCGAAGAUCAGAUGGUGACACCCUCCUACUCGUAGGAGUGUAUGUCGACGACCUCAUCAUCAUCGGGUCCUCGGUCGGCGCCAUCGACUAUUUCAAGCUGCAGAUGAAAAGAGUCUUCAACAUGUGUGAUCUUUGUUUGCUGGCAUACUACCUCGGGAUGGAGGUGAAACAAGAAGCCAGAGGAAUUUCUCUUUGUCAGAGCAGCUAUGCAGGCAAACAUUUUGAAUUGGUUGUCCUGGCUGAUUGCAAUUCAUGCAUGACACUGAUGGAGAGCAAGGUGACGCUGACAAAGAAGGAGGACGCUGCUGCAGUGGAUGCCACCAAGUACUGGAGUAUUGUUGGGAGCUUGCGCUACCUGGUGAAUACCAGGGUUGCCAUAGCCUUUGCAGUAGGCUUGGUCAGUCGGUUCAUGGAGCCUCCAACAGUACUUCACAUGGCAGCUGUGAAGCAUAUGCUCAGGUAUGUGAGGGGGACAUUGGGUUUUGUCUGUUGUUAUAGGCAUCUUGAGGAAACAGAGGUGAAAUUAGUAGGAUACUCUGACAAUGAUUUUGCCAGUGAUGCUGAUGACCGAAGAAGCACUUCAGGGGAAGUAUUUUUCCUUGGAAGAAGUUUGAUUACUUGGGCUUCACAAAAACAGAAGAUUACUGCUCUCUCCUCGUGUGAAGCUGAAUACAUCUCGGUAGCCAUAGCAGCGUGUCAAGGGAUUUGGCUCAGCAGACUGAUCAGUGACCUAACUGGAGCUGAACCAAUGAAGUUUUGGUUGCUUGUUGACAACAAAUCAGCAAUUGAGCUCUGCAGGAACCCAAUACAUCAUGACCGGAGCAAGCAUAUUGACACUCAUUUUUAUUUUAUUCGAGAAUGUGCCAAUGAAGACAAGGUUGACAUCGAGCAUGUUCGCAUCGAAGAUCAAGUUGCAGACAUCCUGACAAAAUCACUCAGAUGUGUGAAGUUUGCUGAACUACGACAGAAGAUGGGCGUGGUCGAAGUAAAGAUGGCAUGA